AAUCAGUUAGAAAACAAAAUAUGUAACAGAAUCAGUUUUGAGCUAUAAAUGAAUUUCAUAAUGACACUAUUUAAUAUUUAUUGAUGAAAUAUUUUUCUUCCCACCGUCAACGAAACCUAUAAAUAAAGCACCUCAUAUUGUUUCCAAUUUUCCUUUACACUAUUAUACAAACACUCUCUUCUUCGCUGAAUCUCUCUGACUCUGAUUCAGUGAUUCUAAUCCUUAUUAGUUUUAUUGCACUUUCUGAACUCAAUUCUACUCUUAAUUCAGGUUUGCUUCUUAGCAUGUUUCCUUCUUUGAAGCACGUUACCUUCUUUGGAAUUUCUUUAUUUUCUUCCGUAGUGUUCAUAUUGUAUUUUACUUAAGUGGUGGUGUUAAGUUGGGUUGAUGGAGAACUGGAGUAACAGAAUUUGGGUUUUGAUGAGGGAAUGGAUUCUGCAGCUUCUUCUAAUUGGGUUGUUGUUUAAAUUUUGGAAGAGAUUAAUGAGCAAUGAAAGGUCUUAUUGAUGGGAAUAUUGUGUUUUAUUUCGUAGUAUCAUGGCUAUUAUAACAACAACAAAGAGGACUCAACGGUUCCAUCGUACAACACCACCAACAUGCAAGUAUUGGCUAGCUGGGAGAUGCAACAGAAAUCCUUGUGGAUUUUCACAUAGCUUACCAACCUCGCCAUCCAAUGUAUACUAUAAUGCUAAUACGACAUAUAAGCAUUCGAAGAAGCCUGAUUCGUCCGUUGAGAAGAUGGCCAGUUCCUCUGCUAAGAAGGCAAUAAAUUGCACACCCAAGGCCUUCAAGAAGCCAGAAAAUUGUGCACUAAAGGCUGUUGAGUGCAGACCAGAAGCUAUAUCUGUUGAGAAGCCAAGCAAGUGUGAAGAAAAAGCUGUAUUAAUUGAAAAGACUGCAGACGUGGAAGAUGUGGCCACUGUUGCUAAGGCUUCUGUGGAUAAAUCACACAGUAUUUGCAAAUCUUGGAUGACUGACAAUUGUGUGGAUGGUGACUUGUGUCAGAAUUUGCAUUCAUGGUUUUAUGGUGAUGGGUUUUCUACGCUUGCAAAGCUUCAUGAACACAACGAGGCAAUCACUGGCAUUGCACUGCCGGCUGGUUCAAACAAACUUAUUUCUGGUAGCACUGAUGGCACAGUUCGGGCAUGGGACUGCAACACUGGCCAUUGUGUUAACAUGAUCCAACUUGAUUCUCAAGUUACCUCACUCAUAUCUGAGGGCCCAUGGAUUUUUGCCGGUGUGAAAAAUGCUGUGAAGGCAUGGAAUAUUCAGACGGGUGCAGAUGUUACUCUUGAUGGACCGAAAGGGCAAGUCCUUUCCUUGAAUGUUGGCAAUGAUAUCCUCCUUGCUGGAGCAGAGGAUGGUGUUAUUUAUGCUUGGAGAUGCAGCUUUGAGUCUCCUUUCAAAAUGGUUGCAACACUAAGUGGUCAUAGUAAACCAGUGGUUUGUCUUGCUAUUGGAUCACACAAGAUGCUUUAUUCUGGAUCCAUGGACCAUAGCAUUAAGGUUUGGGACCUUGAUACAUUACAGUGCACAAUGACACUUAACGGACAUACCGACUUUGUCACAUCACUUAUUUGCUGGGACAACUACUUGUUAUCGGGUUCAUCUGAUUGCACAGUCAAUGUUUGGGUGUGCACCGAGGAGGGAACUCUAGAAGUGACAUACACUCACACUCACGAAAAUGCUGUUAUUGGACUGUAUGGAAUGACCGAUGCAGAGGCCAAGCCAAUAUUGUUCUGCUCGUGCAAAGAUAAUUCAAUUCGUAUGUAUGAAUUGCCGACAUUUCUAGAGAGAGGUCGACUAUUUACAAGACAAGAAGUUCGAUCCUUUCAGAUAGGCCCUGGCGGACUCUUCUUCACUGGAGAUGGGACUGGUUUAUUAAAUGUGUGGAAAUGGUUAGAAGAGGCCAAGGUGCCAACAUAGGAAAAUACAUCUUGAGUUACAUGAUGAGUUAUUCUAAUUACUUUGAUGUGGUGACCUUAUCUUUGUUCUCUGAAUGUAUGAAUUAACUGAGCAUACUUGAUGUUGGGGUUGGGCAUAUUGGUUCUUGAAGUACAAGAAUUUAGAGAAGUAUUAUUGAUUCUCUGAAAUAUCAAAAAGAUUGAUUCUUGAAGCAAAAGAAACAGCAAAAAAAAAUAAGAAAAUCGAAAA